AUGCUGCGGCGCCCGCUGGCGAGGCUGGCGGGGCUGGCGGGGCUGGCGGCGGCCGCCCUGGGCCGCACCCCCCCGCACGGGAUGUCAGGACCAAGGCCCGUUGUCCUGAGUGGGCCUUCUGGGGCCGGAAAGAGCACCCUGCUCAAGAGACUUCUGCAGGAGCACAGCAGCAUCUUCGGAUUCAGCGUGUCCCACACCACGAGGGACCCGAGGCCCGGAGAGGAGAAUGGCAAAGAUUACUACUUUGUGACCAGGGAGGUGAUGCAGCGGGACAUUGCUGCCGGGGACUUCAUCGAGCACGCUGAGUUCUCGGGGAACCUGUACGGGACUAGCAAAGCUGCUGUGCGAGUGGUGCAGGCCAUGAACCGGAUCUGCGUGCUGGAUGUGGACCUCCAGGGCGUGCGGAACUUAAAGAAGACCGACCUGCGGCCCAUCUACAUCUUUGUGCAGCCACCCUCGCUGGAAGUCCUGGAACAGAGGUUGCGGCAGCGGAACACGGAGACAGAGGAGACCCUGGCCAAGCGGUUGGUCGCUGCCCAGGCCGACAUGGAAAGCAGCAAGGAGCCCGGUCUGUUUGACCUGAUCAUUGUCAACGACAACCUGGACAAGGCCUACUGGAGCCUGAAGGAGGCACUCUCGGAGGAAAUCAAGAAGGCCCAAGGGACUGGCUGCUCCUGA